AUGAUUGCAAAUAGCCGACUAAACGCUUUUGCGUCAGACCCAGCUCUUGACUUUCCGAAUCUUCGGCAAUUUCCAAAAACAAUAGUCAGCAGACCAUAUCUAGCGCGAUUUUAUCGCAGUAAGCUUUAUUGUUUUUGCGAAAUGAAAGCACGGCAAGCUUUCUCGUCUUCAUCUAUUGUGCCCCAUCCAUUUGUACGGUCAGCUGAGUUACAUCAUGUGUUUUGUUUGGAGCGAACGGCCGAGAAAGCGCAUACUAGCUUCCACUAG